AUGAAAGCUGUUGUGUUAGCCCUGACUGUGGCUCUAGUGGCGGGUCUGCAAGUAAACCUUGCUCCUGAAUUCGGUGCCAGCACAACCUCUGUGUACAAGUAUGAGGCUCUGCUUUUGGGUGGUCUGCCUGUGGAGGGUCUGGCUAGGGCUGGAAUGAAAGUCAGCAGCAAAGUAUUCAUCAGUGCCAUAGCCCAGGACACCUACCUGCUACAGCUCAUGGAUCCUGAGAUCUUUGAAUACAGCGGCAUCUGGCCCAGGGAUCCUUUCAUCCCUGCUGCAAAACUAACCAAAGCACUGGCCGCUCAGCUUCUCAUUCCUAUCAAGUUUGAGUAUGCAAAGGGAGUGGUAGGUAGAGUUUUUGCCCCAGCCGGAGUCUCUGCUACAGUCCUGAAUUUGCACCGAGGUAUCCUUAAUAUCCUUCAGCUAAACCUCAAGAAGACCCAGAACGUCUACGAGCUACAGGAGGCAGGAACUCAGGGCCUCUGUAAGACCCACUAUGUGAUCAGUGAAGACGCAAAAGCACAUCACAUAACUGUUACCAAGUCCAAAGAUCUGGCCAACUGCCAAGACAGAAUCAUGAAGGACAUUGGUUUGGCAUACCUGGAUACAUGUACUGAGUGCCAAAAGAAUGCAAAGAGUCUGGCCGGAACUGCAACAUACAACUACAUAAUGAAACAUACCGAAACAGGUGCUUUGAUCACCGAGGCAACUGUUCACGAACUCCAUCAGUUCUCACCCGCCAACGUGAUGAAUGGUGCUGCCCAAAUGGAUGUCAAACAAAGUUUGACCUUCAUUGAGAUGAAGAAGGCUCCUAUAUUCCCCAUUAAAGCCGAAUAUUUGGCCCGUGGAUCCCUGCAGUAUGAAUUUGCCACUGAACUUCUGCAGACUCCAGUUCAGCUUUUUAGAAUCAGUAAUACACCAGCUCAGAUCGUGGAGAUUUUGCAUCACAUGGUUACCCACAAUGUGGAUCAGGUCCAUGAAGAUGCUCCUCUGAGAUUUAUUCAGCUUAUCCAGCUCUUCCGUGUUGCCACCUAUGAGAACAUUAAGUCCAUUUGGGCUCAGUUUAGGGAUAAACCGGUUUACAGACGUUUUAUUCUGGAUGCUCUCCCUGCUGCUGGAACCCCAUCUGCUUUAAAGGCCAUCAAAGAAAAAUUUAUGGCUGAUGAAUUCACCACUGCUGAAUUUGCUCAAGUCCUUCUGGUUGCUGUACACAUGGUUACUGCUGAUGUGGACACGAUCAAUUUUUUUUCUAACCUGGCCCUGAACCCCAAAGUCAAGGAAUAUCCAGUUCUGCGUGAGGCUGCAAUGCUAGGAUGUGGAACCAUGAUUGCCAAGUAUUGUGCUGCAGUUCCCAACUGCCCUGCUGAACUCAUGAAGCCCAUCCAUGAGUUUGCUGCAGAAGCAAUAGCUAAGGCUGAUAUUCCUAAAAUCACCCUUGCUCUCAAAGCCCUGGGCAAUGCCGGUCACCCUGCUAGUCUUAAGACAAUCUUGAAACUUCUGCCUGGAUCUGCAGCUGCUACGUUGCCCAUCAAAGUUCAAGUUGAAGCUAUUUUGGCUCUGAGAAACAUUGCUAAAAGGGAACCGAAACAGGUCCAACCAGUGGCUCUGCAGCUUGUGAUGGAUCAGGCUCUACACCCUGAACUGCGUAUGAUGGGCUGUGUUGUGGUGUUUGAGACCAAACCCUCAAUUGCUCUCAUAUCUACUUUUGCUGGUGCACUGAAAAAGGAAAACAAUAUACAGGUGGUGAGCUUUGCCUAUUCCCACAUGAAGUACUUAUCGAGGAGCACAGCCCCAGACCUCGUGCCUGUUGCUGCUGCCUGUAAUGUUGCAAUGAAGAUCUUGAGCCCCAAACUGGACAGACUGAACUACCGUUUCAGCAAGGCCAUUCAGCUGGACUUCUAUCAUAGCCCUUUGAUGGCUGGUGCUGCCGCCAGUGCUUUCUUUGUGAAUGACGCUGCCUCCAUUUUACCCAGAGCUGUUGUGGCCAAAGCUUCCGCUUACCUUGCCGGAGCUGCCGCUGAUGUUAUCGAGUUUGGUGUAAGAACUGAGGGCAUCCAGGAGGCUCUUCUGAAAUCUCCAAGUUUGUCUGAAAGUCCAGAGAGGAACACCAAGAUGAAGCGUGCCAUGCAAGCUCUGAGAGAGUGGAAGACCUUGCCUAAAAAUCAGCCAGUGGCUUCCAUUUAUGUAAAAUUCUUUGGACAGGAAGUCGCUUUCGCAGACAUUGACAAGGCCAUUGUUGAACAGGCAAUACAGGUUGCUACUGGAACCCAUCAACGUGAGUUUUUGAGGACAGCUUUAACGCAACUUCAGUCUGGAAUUGCCUUCCAGUAUGCUAAGCCAAUGCUGGCAAGUGAAGUGCGUCGAAUAUUCCCAACUGCGGCUGGUCUGCCCAUGGAGCUGAGUACAUACACUGCUGCAGUCGCUGCUGCCGCCGUCAAUAUCAAGGCCGCUCUGACACCACCGCUUCCUGAACACAUCCGUGUUGCUGACCUCCUCAAAACUGAUUUCAGCCUGAUGGCUGAGGUCAAACCAAGCAUUGUCCUGCAGACAUUUGCUGUGAUGGGUGUGAACACUGCUUUGAUCCAAGCCGCUGUUAUGGCCACAGGAAAGAUUCACAAUAUUAUGCCUAUGAAACUGACUGCUAGAGCUGAUAUUCCCAAAGGCAAUUUCAAGCUGGAAGCCCUACCUGUGGCAACUCCGGAAUAUGUUGCAGCUGUACGCUUUGAGACUUUUGCUGUGGCCAGAAACAUUGAAGAUUUUGCUGCUGAGAGGAUCACACCUAUAAUACCUGCAGUAGUGGAGGAACAAGCACGACACCUGUCAGAAGAGAGGUUCAGCUCCCAAAUGUCAGGCUCUACCUUACUUAUUUCCUCCUUACAGUCAAGCUCUGAGAAUAUUUAUCCUAAUGCUGAACCCACUAUGUGGACUGGUGACCCAAUUCACAAGAGGUUUUGUGCUAUUAUACCUUACCUGGGAAUUAAGAUGUGUGCAGAGCUCAUCACAAGCAACACUGCACUCAUCAAGAAAACUCCACUUCUAAAUGUGCUUGGAAAUCAUGCUGCCUUUAUUUCUAUGGAGCAAGCUGAGGGUCCAGCCGUGGAAAGGGUUGAGUUUGAACUACAAGUUGGCCCAAGGGCAGCAGAGAAGCUCCUUAGAGAAGGCAACAUUAUUGAUGACAAAACUCCAGAGGAACAGAACAUUUUGACGAAACUGAGGGAACUCCUGGUUACUAGAAUGCAGAACGGAACUUCUAGCUCAAGCAGUUCCUCUUCCUCCAGCUCUUCCCAAAUGAUUGACAGCGCACAUCUAAACCACAGAAGCAGCUUCAGUAGCUCCAGCAGCUCCUCCAUCAACCAAGCAUCAAAGGAGCAAAUCUUCAUCAAAGACCACAUUCACCUGCAUAGGGUCAAUCAAGGCAUCUCUCAGGCACAUGCUAGCAGUGCAUCAAGCUUUGAGGAGAUCCAAAGACAGGCUCGAUACCUUGGAGAUGUUACUCCUCCUUCUGCCGCCGUCUUAUUCCGUAUUGUAAGAGUUGACCGCAAGAUGCAUGGAUAUCAAGCUGCUGUCUACGUGGACAAAGCUACUGCAAGGACACAGAUCAUCAUGUCCUCCACUGCUGAGAAUAGUAACUGGAAGAUCUGCACAGAUGGUGUCCUCCUCAGCAAGCACAAAGUCAUGGCCAAGAUUGUUUGGGGAGUCGAGUGCAAGGAAUAUGCAGCAGUUAUCAAAGCUGAGACUGGUCACUUUGGCCAAAGCCGUGCUGCCCGCCUGGAACUGGAAUGGGAGAUUAUUCCUGCCAUUUUCACUACCUAUGCUAUGAGGUUGUCUGAAUACAUCCCUGGUUUUGCUGUCAAGACUGGAAUUACAGUGACUAAAACAAAGAACAGUGAGAAACAGAUUGAAUUCAUAGUGGCUACUCCAACUGAUAGGGCUCUGGACAUCAUUCUAAAGACACCAAAAAUGACACUGUCAAAACUGGCCUUGGCUCUUCCAAUUCCCUUGCCCUUUGUGACAGCCACUAUGGUUCAAGCAUUUGAGGAGAAAACUAUUGCUGACUCAUUCCAAAGUUUGUACACUCAAGCAGUUUCAGCUCAGUGCAGUAUGGUCAGAAACACGCUGACCACAUUCAAUAACAGGAGGUACAAGAGUGAUGUACCUCUUUCCUGCUACCAAGUGCUUGCUCAGGAUUGUACCCCAGAACUUAAAUUCAUGGUUCUGAUGAGGAAGGAUGAGCUUUCUGAACAAAACCACCUCAGAGUGAGGAUUUCCGAUAUUGAUGUUGACCUGUAUGCCAGUGGUAAUGAAGUGAUGGUGAAGGUUAAUGGAAUGGAAAUUCCCAUACACAAUCUUCCAUAUGAAGAUCCUACAGGAUCAGUUAAAAUCAGACCUAGAGAUGAGGGGCUAUUACUCAGUGCACCCAGCCGUGGUCUUCAGGAGGUCCAUUUUGCCAUGGGAAAAUGGAAGAUCAACGUAGCUGACUGGAUGAAGGGACAGACUUGUGGACUGUGUGGAAAGGCUGAUGGUGAAAUUAAACAGGAGUUCAGCACACCAAGUGGAUAUCUGACCAAGAGCCCAAUUGUCUUUGCCCAUUCUUGGGUACUUCCUGCUGAAAGUUGUCGUGACACCAACCAGUGUCACAUGAGGCUUGAAUCUGUUAAGUUGGAAAAGCAGCUGAUUCUACAUGGCAAGGAGUCUAAAUGCUACUCCGUGGAGCCUGUCUUGCGUUGCCUGCCUGGGUGCUACCCUCUGAGGACCAGUCUUGUCACCGUUGGAUACCACUGCUUACCAACUGAAUCCAACAUCAACCGCUCUGAGGUUCUAACCAAGAUCUAUGAGAAGAGUGUUGACCUGAGAGAGACGGCAGAGGCCCACACAGCCUGUCGCUGCACUGUGGAGUGUGCUUGA